UGCGAGGUGACCCUGGUCGCUUACUUCCGGUUCCUAGGGAUGCGCAUCCGGGUUACGCUAACGCCGCGGUUUCCUCCACUCUGCUGGUUCUACCGUGGGUCUGGACCGGUCCCCAUGUCUUGCUGUGGGACUUCUGCAGCCUUUGGAUUGUGAAGACUGUGGAGAGAGACUUGUAACCCAGUCACAUAAGUAUAAUAAAGAAAUAUUAGCCCUCAUGGAAGAAGAGCAAGAUUUACCAGAGCAACCAGUGAAAAAAGCCAAGAUGCAGGAACCAGGAGAGCAAACUUUAAGUCAAGUAAGCAGCCCGGAUGUCAGUGACCAGAAACCUGAAACAUCGAGCCUUGCUUCAAACCUUACCAUGUCAGAGGAAAUUAUGACAUGCACCGAUUACAUCCCUCGCUCAUCCAAUGAUUAUACCUCACAAAUGUAUUCUGCAAAACCUUAUGCACAUAUCCUGUCAGUUCCUGUUUCGGAAACUGCUUACCCUGGGCAGACUCAGUACCAGACACUACAGCAGUCUCAACCCUAUGCUGUCUACCCUCAGGCAACACAAACUUAUGGACUACCUCCUUUUGGUGCAUUGUGGCCAGGUAUGAAACCUGAAAGUGGUUUAAUUCAGACUCCAUCUCCAAGUCAACACAGUGUUCUUACCUGCACUACAGGGUUAACCACAAGCCAGCCAAGCCCAGCACAUUAUUCUUAUCCCAUUCAAGCUUCAAGCACAAAUGCCAGCCUGAUAUCCACUUCAUCCACAAUUGCCAAUAUCCCAGCAGCAGCAGUUGCCAGCAUCUCAAACCAGGACUAUCCCACCUAUACCAUUCUUGGUCAGAAUCAGUACCAGACUUGCUACCCUAGCUCCAGCUUUGGAGUCACAGGCCAGACUAACAGUGAUGCUGAGAGUACCACAUUAGCAACUACCACAUACCAGACAGAGAAACCCAGUGUCAUGGUACCUGCGCCAGCAGCCCAGAGACUUUCCUCUGGAGACACUUCUACAAGCCCACCUUUGUCCCAGACUACACCAAGUAAAGAUGCUGAUGAUCAGUCCAGGAAAAACAUGACUGGCAAAAACCGGGGCAAGAGGAAAGCUGAUACCAGUUCUUCCCAAGACAGUGAAUUGGAACGGGUAUUUCUGUGGGACUUGGAUGAAACCAUCAUCAUCUUCCACUCCCUUCUUACUGGAUCCUAUGCCCAGAAGUAUGGAAAGGACCCAACAGUAGUGAUUGGCUCAGGUUUAACAAUGGAAGAAAUGAUUUUUGAAGUGGCUGAUACACAUCUAUUUUUCAAUGACUUAGAAGAGUGUGACCAGGUGCAUGUGGAAGAUGUGGCUUCUGAUGACAAUGGCCAAGACUUGAGCAACUAUAGUUUCUCAACAGAUGGCUUCAGUGGCUCAGGAGGCAGUGGUAGCCAUGGUUCCUCUGUGGGUGUCCAGGGAGGUGUGGAUUGGAUGAGAAAACUGGCUUUCCGCUACCGAAAAGUGAGAGAAAUUUAUGAUAAGCAUAAAAGCAACGUGGGUGGCCUCCUCAGUCCCCAGAGAAAGGAAGCACUACAGAGAUUAAGAGCAGAAAUUGAAGUUUUAACUGAUUCCUGGUUAGGAACUGCAUUAAAAUCCUUACUUCUCAUCCAAUCCAGAAAGAAUUGUGUGAAUGUUCUGAUCACAACCACCCAGCUGGUUCCAGCCCUGGCCAAGGUUCUCCUAUAUGGACUAGGAGAAAUAUUUCCUAUUGAAAACAUCUAUAGUGCUACCAAAAUUGGUAAGGAGAGUUGCUUUGAGAGAAUUGUGUCAAGAUUUGGAAAGAAAGUCACAUAUGUAGUGAUUGGAGAUGGACGAGAUGAAGAGAUUGCAGCCAAACAGCACAACAUGCCGUUCUGGAGGAUCACAAACCAUGGAGACCUAGUGUCCCUUCACCAGGCUUUGGAGCUUGAUUUUCUCUAAGAACUGAAAUGAGGAGUCUUCCUCAUGGGCUCCUUUUCAUUCCUGAAGGGAGCCAGAGACCAGAACCAACUGGGAACUUCCUUCCCAUCCUCCUCUCUCUCCCUCUCUUUUUCUCUCUCCAUGGAAUGCUGGCGAGAACACAAUCAGAACCAACCAUUUUCGCUCCGAGUGAGCUGCAGCCCCGUGUUCAUCCUUGCAGACAGUCGGAUGAGAGCACAGUGGACCCGCUGCAGCUACAGUUACUUUUAUUUCUUCUGUUUUGUUUCAAAGAAAGAAAAAAAAGAAAAGGAAAUUCUUGGGGCAGAGUUGUACUCUUAUUCCAUGACCAGACUGAGAGCUUCUCUUGUGAUAGCAUAAAUGCAGCAGUUUUAUAAGAACAUCUCUUGCAGUCUUUAGGAUCUUCUUAGCUGUAGAACUUCUUUCCAGUGAAUCUGUACGUUAUUUUUAUAGGUAAGGGUCUGGUCUCUGAAGCAGGAUUCCGCCCCCCCCCCUUUUCUUUUUCUAGCAAGAAAGGGACAUGUAAUGUUUUCAUGAAUAUAGUAAUUGAAAUAUCUAAAAUACCUCUCUGUGUCGGCACCACCUCCUCAGCUGCUCCAGUGUUCUGCUCUCUAGGAUGGUUCCUUUCCAUCUGUGGAGCCUGGCCUUUGGCAUUUCCCAUCAUGCAAGCCUCAGCCCCCUUGCCAGUCCCUCUUCUUUUUAACCAUAUGGCACAACCCUGGAAUCUCCUUCCCUUAGAAGUAAAUCCUAAGCCUUCAACUUAAUUCAGAGGCUACAUCCCAAGAGGUUUAGCCUCCAAACUGGAGGGAAGGGACUUGGGCUUAUUGGAAUUUCACCUUCCUUGGCUCUUGAGACAGGAAGAUUCCACCUCUUCCUUCUGCAGAGAAGCACCCUUUCCCACCAGAUGCACAACCUGCAGCCUCUUCUGUAUUAGUCAUCAGAUGCUGGGCUCUGACCCCUUCCUGCCCUCUGCGCUUCACAUCCACUUCAGUGCGUCAGCCAGUCCCUGCCCAUUGGACUCAAUUCAAAUCAAGACAAAGAACAGGCUUAUAACUACUUCUUCAAGGAAACCCUUCAGCCACAUGCAGGGUAUCCCAGGCAUGUGUGUACCCAGAUCUCUGCCUGGAGCUGGAGAUCAGAUGACUGUAAUCCAACUCAGUUUCCCAUGGAAUACCCUGUUUCUCAAAUCCCAUUCUAAAACGGGAAGCCAGGAGAUCAGAAAGACUUUCCUGAUUUAAAUGAGGGUGCUGUCUCCCUUACUUCAGGCCCUAGUCCCAGCCUUCUAGCCCAGCCAUGUUUAUUGGAUGCCCCAUCUCUCCAGGACCAAGCUGGGCACCUGCUCAGAUGUGAGAAACUUCUGUUAGAACUGAAAGAGGUGGUUGAAUAAGCACCUCAAAGAAGCAGCUUGGUCCUCGGGAGGAGAUCUGUGACCAACCCCAGCUGUAACUGCUUAUCCGCAGAGAUGCUGUGCACCCAUUUUAAGAGAUAUUGUAGCACAAGGAGUGCCAAGUCACCCAGAGAGCAACAGCAAGGCUGGCACACAUUCCUUCAGAACUGAUGGACAGUGCCUCAUGCCUCAGAGUUUAGGAAGGAAGUUUAGGGAAAGGAGCUGAAGUUGGUGCUCAUCACUUGGCCACUUCUUGGCCUUGUUUCCAGGUGGGUGUGGGAAGAGGGAGAUGGAGUCUGAGGCAGACCCUUCUGGGUCUGUGUUCAGCACAACUGGCCAGAUACUGCUCUGCCUUGCUUGAUGGCCCAUCUUAGAAAACUCUAGGGUGGAUUUUACUUUCAUGCCACAUUGCCAGUUUAGGUAUUGGUUUUUUGCCCUGGACAAAGACCACCUGCUGUGCUGUGCUUAAGGUUUAUGAAGUUGCACAGUGGCACCCUCUCACACAUACAGGUAACACAAAUGUUCCUUUUCCCCACCUAUGGCAGGCUCUUUAUUCUUAGAAUAUGACUUGGACUCCCCUUUUUAAUGGCCUUUUUCCUCUUGAUCUGACUGCCCAUGCUUAGCUCUUUCCAAAAGGACCUUGAACUUGGCCAAGAGAUGAGAACAGCCUCUAUACCUUUCUGGUGGCUCCUACCCUCAUUCAGGGGGCAGACAGAAAGCAAGAACUUCUUAGCUAUCUCCACCAAGAGAAAUCAUCCAGGGAACACUACCCUUCUUACUGUCUUCUCCUCCUUGGCACAAAGACCUGGAAAGGAAAAUAAGUGUGUAAUAUCAAGAGAGUUGGAAGCUGAGGCCAAAGGAUGCUGGUGGGUCCUUUGAUCAAGGGGAAGCCCUCUUCACUGGAAAGAGUGCGUGUGAGAUUAACCGGUUGAGAAGUCCUCCCACAACCAGGCAUUAUGGCUCUGUAAGAUGGUCUGGACGUCUCAUGGAGAGGACUGUCUAUUAGUGACUCUGGAGGUGUUGGUGUGCCCUGGGAUAAGAGGUGGCUUGACUUUCGAAUGUAAAACUGACCGUGCCUUAGCAUCACCCUGUCCAUUGCCCCUGGGGCAGCUGGUGGUGUCCAGGAGAAUGGACGCCUACUGCAGAUUUUAGAUGCCUAUUUGGGCUUUUGUUUGAUUUGGGGGUGUUCCUGUCUUCUGCUCCACAAGUUGGGGGACAGAGCUAGUGUCCCAAGAGACUUGCCACAGCUUGUUCGCAGUUUAUACAAACUCCACAGCUCCAUGUAGGAUCUGAUUAGCAGACUCCAACUGCAGCACAUGGAGCUUCUAGAUGCUCACUGCCUUGAAUGGGUGUCAGUGCCACUGACUGACAGAGGAGCACAGGGCCCAGCACGGCCCCCUCUUCUGGGAGAGCCAUGCCUAGGCCAGUGAGCGGUGAGCGUGGGGCCUACCUCUCCUCACUCCUCUGCAGGCAGCAAUUAGGGCCCCUCCUUUAGCAAGCUUCUAUUUCUUACCACUAAAUUGGUUUCCUUUUUCAUCUGGAAGUUAGAACUCCCCAGGUAUAUACUAUAGAAGCCAGAAUUCUGAGAUUCUAGAACAUCUUAAUCACAAGAGGGAAAAUUGAGUUGUAUCCCAGCCCUGAAAACGGGUGUCUGUCCCUUCCUCUGUUGAGUCAGCUCUAGCAAGCAAGGCUCCUUGGCUGCUUCGUAGUGCACUGACAGGAGCCAUCCCAUUAAGGACGACCUCUACUCCACACAUGACUUUCUGGACUUCAGAUGCCUCUUUUAGCUGGAAAGACAUGGAUUGGAUUGGAUAUAUUUAUGUGACUGCGGGCAUUCGUGGCUGUAGAAUCCUUGACCAUAAUGUUAUAUGUAAUGGGAACUAUCUUAUAAACUUGAAAAAAAUAAAGUUUUUAUUUUCUAUACA